AUGUCGCUUCUUCAGAUUCUGUCAUGGCUACGGAGAGGAUUCAGCGGCCGAAACGUCAUCUACACGAAUACCGUGCUCACUGUCGUCAUAUCUGGAUCAGCUGACGUUGUGGAACAACGUAUCAUCAACAAGAAUGUUGAUUUGAAGCGGUCAGGUAAGUUGAUAUAAAAUACGACAACAAGCUUUAGCAAAUGAUAAAAGUUUACAUUGCUAGUAAAUAUGUCAACACUUUGUAUUAUGUUAUUGAGCAUUGAUUAGUCCUACUAUAAAUUUACAGUAUGCUAGUUAUUCCGACCUUUUUCUUACUGUAAUCUAUUGUAUUAAUUUAGUAAAAGUCGGCAUGAGUGGCCUCUUACUAGGCCCAAUGAAUACAUUAUGGUACAAUAUGUUAGACAAAAGCUUACCAGGAAAAACAAAAUCACAUGUGUUCAAGAAGGUUCUCCUAGACAUCGUCGUCUCUCCUCUAUUCGCUUCUACUUUCAUUUGUUCUGUAGCCGUUCUUGAAGGCAGCUCUGCCACAGAUGCCUUCAACGAAUACUGUAACAAGUUUCUUGAUGUUUUGAAGGUAGGUUUUACAGUCAAUACUAUAAAUGUAAAUGUGGUUUUGACAAGUAUAUAGACAGUUUUGCGUAUGUAUGUUAAAAAUAUAUUGUAACACUCAAACUUGUUUUAUGUGUAAUAUUACUCUUUCAGCUUGACAUUUGCUUUUGGCCACCUGUUCAGACCGUAAACUUCCUUUUACUGCAGCCAAAAUACCGAGUACUGUAUGUGUUAUGCACAAUGUUCUUUUACAGUACGAUCCUGACUUAUAUCAAACAUAAACCAUGA